AUGUUUAAAGCUGUAUUGGAAGUACAAAUUAAAUGGCUGUUCAUGUUAGUGAAAGAGAUCAAACAUUUGGUUUUCAGAACUAUUCAUAACGUGAAGCAACAUCUAACAAAUUUCCUGUUCUCUUUGCCCAUUUUCGUUUGGUUCCAUAAAAAGACACAACUCUUGUUGAUUAAAAUUCUCAGUGUGGCCCAAGUUCCUGAACAUGUAUCUUUUAUAAUGGAUGGUAACAGAAGAUAUGCUAAAUCAAGAAACUUACCACUAAACAAGGGCCAUGAGGCUGGAGGUGUAACGUUAUUGACAUUAGCAUAUAUAUGCAAGAAGAUUGGAGUUAAAUGUGUUUCUGCUUAUGCUUUCUCAAUUGAGAAUUUUAACAGGUCAAAGGAGGAAGUAGAUACUUUAAUGGAGUUAUUUUCUGCGAAGUUGGAUGAGUUUGCCAAGAGAGCAAUAGAUUAUAGAGAUCCAUUAUAUGGUUCUAGACUGAAAGUUGUUGGUGAUCAUUCUUUGAUUUCAAAAGAAUUAAGAGACAAAAUUUAUAAAGUUGAGCAGCUCACUACGGAUGGGAGCGAUUUUACUUUCUAUGUUUGCUUCCCUUAUACGGCUCGAAACGACAUAUACCAUACAAUGUACAAUUUCAUUGCAAACCCAGAACCUGAAAAAGAGAAGAGUGAGGAACUUACCAUUGAAAAGUUUACAAGCCAAAUGUAUCUUCGAGAAUUCUCUAAUAAAUGUGAUCUAUUAAUUAGAACAAGUGGACAUAAUAGGUUCUCGGACUAUAUGUUGUGGCAAACGCAUGAAAAUGGUACCAUUGAAUUUUGUAACACUUUUUGGCCAGAUUUUGGAUUUAUGGGAAUGUAUAUGAUUAUAUUAAAAUGGUCGUUCUUUAAGACAAUCCAAAAAUUUAAUGAAAUGAAUUUUUCGUUAAAGACCAUUUGGUACGAAGGACCCAAUUCAAAAAUCCAAAAUCGUUACACAAAAUUAGAAGAAUUGCCUGAACCUCCUGUUCAUGUGUCAGUUUUAGGAGAGCGUGAAUGA